GGCCGGAGGGGAGGAGCGCGCCUGCGCGGAGUAGAGCGGCGAGCCUGCCGUGGAGGGCCGGUCUGAGAGACUGGAGGCGAGAUGCAGGACCCCAAUGCAGACACCGAGUGGAAUGACAUCUUACGCAAAAAGGGCAUCCUGCCCCCAAGGGAGAGCCUGAAGGAGCUGGAGAAGGCGGAAGAGGAGAAGGAGGAGGAGCUUCUCCAGCAGUCCGUGGUGAAGACCUAUGAGGACAUGACUCUGGAGGAGCUGGAGGAGAAUGAGGACGAGUUCAGCGAGGAGGACGAGCGCGCCCUGGAGAUGUACCGGCAGCAGCGGCUGGCUGAGUGGAAAGCAGCCCAGAUGAAGAACAGGUUUGGAGAAGUUCUGGAGAUCUCGGGGAAGGACUAUGUCCAGGAAGUGACGAGAGCCGGCGAGGGCCUGUGGGUGGUCCUGCACCUGUACAAGCCAGGGAUCCCGCUCUGCUCCCUGAUAAACCAGCACCUGAGCGGGCUGGCCGCCAAGUUCCCUGACGUGAAAUUCAUCAAGGCCAUCUCCACCACCUGUAUCCCCAACUACCCUGACCGGAACCUGCCCACAGUGUUCGUGUACCUGGAAGGUGACAUCAGGGCACAGUUCAUCGGCCCGCUGGUGUUCGGGGGCAUGAACCUGACGAGGGAUGAGUUGGAGUGGAAGCUGUCGGAGUCAGGAGCAAUCAAGACCGACCUGGAGGAGAACCCCAAGAAGCCCAUCGAAGACGUUCUGCUGUCCUCAGUGCGAGGCCCUGUCCCCACGAGGAGGGACAGUGAUUCCGAGGACGACUAAGACUGCAGCUGAGGAGGAGCUCUUUGAACUUUCUUGAUACGACACAUUAUCUGGAUUUUUAAUAAGGAGGAAAAAGCAAAAAUUUAUCAUCUUGGUAACUUUUUUAUAAUUAUUUAAAUUUUAUACAUUUCAGAAAUAAUCAUUGCUGGAAAUUUUUUUUAAUUUCCUUGGGACUCUUUUUAAAUUAAUAAUGUUUCUCUAAGAAAAAUUUAAACAAGCUAUUAAGUCAAAUAUCUAUGUUUUCCUACAUGUAUUUCAGCAAACCAGGAGACUGUUCAGUGUUUUUUGAUGUGUAGCUAUAUAGAAAGGAAUAUGGAGUUUAAAAAAUGACAUGAAUAAAUUAAAUAAACUAUUUAAAAAUAA